UUUCCAUAGUUCAUAUAUGGACACUACUAUUUGCAGAACUGUACCUGGAUUCACCAAAUCACAAAUAGAAUUGUGCUACCAACAACCUGAUGCAACCUUGAUGGCUCUAGACGGUUUAAAUCGAGCUGUCAAAGAAUGCCAAUAUCAAUUUCGAGGACAUAGAUGGAACUGCUCAUCAUUAGAGACUAGAGGCCAAAAUCCCUAUAUAAGCUCAAUUUUAAAAAAAGGUUAUAAAGAAGCUGCUUUUGCCCAUGCGAUUACUUCUGCAGGAGUAGCAAUUUCUAUAGCCAGGGGCUGUAGUUCUGGGACCCUAAUGAAUUGUGGCUGUGAUUCAAAAAUAUAUAAAAUUAGGAAACCUAGAGCGAUGUCUAAAGCAAAGUGGAAAUGGGGAGGCUGUUCGGAUAAUUUAAGAUACGGAAUUAAAUUUUCUAAAAUGUUUCUAGAUUCCAGAGAAAAGGCUGAAGACAUGCAAUCGAAAAUCAAUCUCCACAACAAUCAAGUUGGCAGAAUCGCUGUAUCCAAUAAUAUGCAGGUGAUGUGUAAAUGUCAUGGGAUGUCGGGUAGUUGCGAACUAAAGACCUGUUGGAAAUCUGCACCAGAUUACCGUGUAGUUGGAAAGGCACUCAAAGAUAGAUUCAAAUCUGCUAUAUUAGUCGAUCAAACAAAUUCUGGAAAAAAGAAUAUAAGAAAAUUCAAUAUGAUUAACCAGAAAAACCAUAGAAAGCACAACAAACUCAAACAAUUACAGGGUAAAAAAAACAAACAUAAACGAGAUUUAUCCAGCGAUCUUUUAUAUUACGAGAAAUCACCGAAUUUUUGCGAAAGGAACCAAAGUCUAGAAAUUCUUGGGACGACAGGGAGAAUAUGUAACAAAACAUCGACUAGUAAUGAUAAUUGUGCAGAACUGUGUUGUGGACGUGGUUACAACUUUAUAAAAAGAAGAAGAAUCGAAAGAUGUAAUUGUAAAUUUAUUUGGUGUUGUCAAGUUGAGUGCCAGACUUGUAGUCAUGAGGAAUGGAUCAGCGUUUGCAAGUAAUUGUUGUGAAAAGAAAUUUCUCAGCCCAACACACACUUAUCGCCAUUCCAAGAGUUUAUUAUUUACAAUUGAAAAUAUCAACUUCCUAUAGUUCAAUAAAC